AUGGCCUUCCUGUGGAUCCUCUCCUGUCUUGCCUUCGUCGGCGCCGCCUACGAUAAUGACACCCCACCCCUGCUGCAGCAGGCCGCUCUGCCCCUGCUCACCAACUCCCAGUGCAGCACUUACUGGGGCAGCCAGAUCACCGACCUGAUGAUCUGUGCCGGAGCCUCCGGUGCCUCCUCCUGCAUGGGCGACUCUGGUGGUCCUCUGGUCUGCCAGAAGAACGGCGCCUGGACCCUGGUGGGUAUCGUCUCCUGGGGAAGCAGCCGUUGCUCCACCAGCAGCCCCGGAGUCUACGCCCGUGUCACCAAGCUGCGUGCUUGGGCCGACCAGAUCAUUGCUGCCAACUAAGCAUGCUGAGCAGCUUUACUCCAGAUCCAACCUGAUCUUCAAUAAAACA